AUGGGGAAACACAGACCGAUUGUGGCAAGAUUUAUCCACCAUGCUGACCUUGUAACUGUUAAGAGGAAAUCAUACAUGCUUAAAGGUAAGAGCUAUGGUAUCAACGAACAAUAUCCGCAAGUUAUAGAGGCCAAGCAAAGAACUCUAUAUCCAAUCAUGAAAGAAUUCAGAGAAAAGGGGCAUAAAGUUAGACUUAUAAGGGAUAGAUUAUAUAUAAAUGAUAUCUUGUACAGUGAAAACGAACAAUUUUCAGAUAACCUGAUAACAGACAGGCCAAACGCUUGUUGGAUUGAUGAGAGAGAUGACAUAGGCAUUGAGGGUUACACUGCAUCUAUAUAUCCGAGAAAGACUGGAAAAGGCGGUGGAACUGUUAUAUUUAUUAGCAAUAGUAUUAUAGAUAAUUGUUCUAUUAUAAAGAAUGUACAUGAUUGCAUUGUUGUUGUAAAGAUAGUGUCACAUAAUCUCGAAAUCCCAAGUAUUAUUCUCAUAGCCUGUUAUUUUCCCCCACAAGGCAGUGUAUUUUACGACAAUCAGGAUUUCGAUCCCUUUGUCGAGUUGCAAGAUUUAAUAAUUGAAUUCAGUUGUGAUAAUAAUAUUUUAAUGGUCGUCGGCGAUUUGAAUAGUAGGACAUUUGUUAAUGAUGAUUUUAUCCAACAUGAUAAGAUGAAUCCAAAUUCAGAAUUGAUAGGCGAAUUUUGUAAUAUGUAUGAACCUGACAGUUUAGAGAAUUUAUGCUGUAGAAAGAAUAUGGAUAAUGUUGUAAAUAGUUAUGGAAGAAUGCUUUUAUCAUUAUGUAUAAUGACUGGAAUGAGAAUUGUAAAUGGGAGAUUAAAUGGCGACAGGGAAGGCAACUUUACAUUUUGUAGCUCUAAAGGAUCUGGCCUAAUUGAUUAUCUCAUUUUACGUAGUAAUCACUUCAAUUUGCUGAGUCAAUUUAGUACUGGUUCAUUUACUGAGUUUUCUGACCACUCUCCAUUAUGUUUUAAAAUCAAUUUCCAUGUUGUUUUUAAGCCAAAAUGUCUGAGUUCUGAUAUAGUUUUAACCAAAUGGAAUGACAGUAAGAGGGAAGAUAUAAAAUUGGUACUGAAAGAGUCAAUGAACCAAAUUUUAACGUCAGUAACCAUUGAUAAUAAUUCACAAACAAACGUUGAUCAAAUAGUUGAUACCUUCUCAGUGAGGGUAAGUGAGCUACUUUCACCAUACAAUCGCAAAGUAAGUAGUAUUAAAAGGUCAAGUAAACUCCGGAAAACUGUCGAUAAACCUUGGUUCAAUGACUUAUGUAAAUCUUAUUAUGUAACAUACAAGUCAGCUCUUAAGACAUUUAAUAAGAAGAAAUCAGUAAUUAAUCGAAUCAAUUUAACUGAAUGCCGACAAAGAUAUAAAAAGUUUGAAAUGAAGUUAAAAAACAAUUACUUAAGUCAUCAAGGCAAUAUGUUAGACUUAUUAAGAAUGCAUAACCCCAAAAAAAUUCCACAAGCUAUUUAA